AUGGGAAUUGCAUUCAUAAUAAAGUCAAUUAUUUUACCAAUGGAAGUGUGUAAAUUAGUUGAGGGACAACGUUAUAAUCGCGCAUUGAAUGAGAGGCAAGCAGCAGAUUUCAUGAAAUUUUCUUGUAAGACAUCCCGUGAAAUGGCUGUAGUUCCAGCCAGAGUUUUACCUGCUCCAAGUUUACAUUAUCAUAUUUCUUCUCGUAAUGCUACCAUUGUUCCUCGUGACGGGAAAUGGAAUUUGAUUUACAAUAAAGUUGCUUCUGGGGCCAUACUUGAUUCAUGGUCAUGCGUUGCUUUUGGAAAUUUCGAAAUUGAAACCAUACAAUAUUUUAUUAGAGAAUUGACCUUGAAACAAGACUGGAUUAGAGCUGGCAAUAUGGCCAGAUCACCAUCUAAGUUAAUGUUAUGUAUCCUUCCUAACUACAGCGUACCAUUUUAUGCCGUAAUUAAACAUGUGUGUGAUACAGUAAUUGGUGUUGUUACCCAAUGCGUUCAAUCCAAACAUAUUUUUCAAGUAAAAAGACUAUAUUGCGCUAAUUUGUGUCUUAAAAUGAACGUUAAACUUGGUGGUAUGAAUUCAUUCGUUAAUCCGUACCAAAUGCAAUUUAUUUCGAAUCGCCCGCAUAAUAAUUCUGGUAAUAACGAAACUCACCCAUCUAUUGCUACUUUAUGCGCUUUAAUGGAUGCUAAAAUAUAUCGAUAUGCCGCUUCCAUUCGCCUGGAAAGUAUCUUGUUCUACCGAAAUGGUGUCUCAGAGGGUCAAUUUUAUCAAGUGUUUGAUUUUGAAAUCGAAGCAGUAAGGAGGAUUGUACAGAGAGGUCGUCACACUCGCUUAUUCUCUAAUGACGUGAGAGAUUUAGAUAGGAUAGGAAACACUCUUGUUGGGACGGUUGUUGAAUCAACACAUCCUUUUGAAUUCAAUCUUGUUCUUGGGCUAGGGAUUCAUUCACAAGGUGAAAAUUGGGAUAUAAUUUCAGAAUGCCUUGAUUCUGUAUCAACUGAUGUUAAGAAUGCGAAAACCAACAAAAUUAUUUUGAAAAACAAAGUUCAAAAUGUACUAGAUUUUCAAAUACAAAGAUCUAACUACAACAAAGUUGAAUUUUCCUUUGCAACUGAUACUUAUAAACAUAAAGUGCUAUCACCUUUAAAACCAAAAUUUCAAUUAAUUGCGCCUGAUUUUUCAGAUGAGGAAUCAUCAGAUGAUAAAAUCUUUUCUUCAAUUGGUCCUUUGGCUACUUUAUCACCUAUGGAUAUUAAUGUACCUAAUAUUUCUCAUCCAAUUACUAAACUGAACUUAGCAACCAAACUUGAUACAACAACAUCAUCACAAAAUAACCUUUCUUUUCAAGAUAAAACUCAUCUUAUUCAAUGGCUAAAAAUGCGUAAAGAUCUUAUACUUCAGGCAUUGAAUGCAAUUUUUUCAUCAGAUAUAUCAUAUUAG